AUGACAGCAACAAACAACAACAGCAACUUUAUCGUUUCUGAUGAAAAAGUUAUUGAUUCAUUAGCUGAGGAAUUAGUUGUGGCAGAAACUAAAACCCUCAACGAAAGGAUUAGUGAAAACAAGAUUGAUUUACAUAACUACCUCAAACAUGAUGGAGGAAGAGGAAGGAAAACUGGUAUGGCUUUAUUAGUAAAUAAAAUAUCAAAUUUAACGAUUAUAGAUGUUGAUAUCAAUAAAUCAUACAAUGAUGAACUUAAAGAAACGGUUAGAAAAGACAUUCUAUCAAAACUUUCGGAUAAAGAUGUUAUCAUUAAAACCGCUUCAGGAGGUCUUCACAUUUAUUGCAACACUAAUUUCUUCUAUGCAGUUUCGAACAGAAUGAUUAAAUGUUAUUCCUGCAAUGAUUAUGAUAUCGAUAUCAUGACUUCUAUGGAUGAUUCAAAGCGUUCUUUAGUGGUUAUGGCUGAUUCAAGAGUUCGCAAGAAUGCAACAGAACCAAUCAAUACAUACUCAUUCAUUCGUGGAAGUUACGAUUCAACAUUAACUAGAACAGUGAAUGAUAUAUUAAAUGAUUUGAAUAUUAAGGUAAGAGUUGAACAGAAGAACGAAGAAAUAAAGACCAUCAUGAAUGAAAACAAAGAUGUAAACAUUGACGAUAAACUUGCCCAGAGCAUAGUUGAUGGCAUUAGUGAUUUUGAAGUACAUAAUGACGGUGGAAACAUGAAUUUAGAAAAAGAAGUUACAUUAUUCACACUGUUUCAAGCAAUUAAUUCGUUACUGGAUCAUUUAAUUAAUGAAGCAUACGAUAACGUUUAUAACUUCUGCAGUUUAACAGAAAAUGCAAAAAGUAAUUUUGAAAAAGCACGUA